AUGGCGCCAAACCAGAUGGAACGAACGACCGUGCUAUCACAGUUCGCCCCGUCCCAACUUGAUAUCGAUAUUGCUUCUCGACCCGGGCCGCAUAAACCCAAAACCACGAAUGCCGACGCUUCCCCACCCGCCGUUUCCGUUACGGUAACUGAGCUCCCAUCUCCUCCGGCCUCGCCGCUGGGGGGGAUAGGAACUCUCGAAGCACCACCUCCCGAGCCGAUGCCCCCCGCGAAGGCAACAGAGCCAUGCACGUUCCCGCUAUUCCCCUUCCUUCCCGCCGAGCUGCGUCUCAAGAUAUGGGAGUGGUGCGGAACCACACGCUCGGGUCGCAGGCACAUGUCGUUCCUCCCUCGGACAAUGGAGCUGCACACGCGGCGUGCCCACUACGCCGACAAGAACCCGCACGGCGGCACGCCCAAGUGGCAGUCGCAGUCUCGCAACCCGGCCGCGCUGUCCGUCUGCGUCGAGGCCCGCGCCGCCGCCCUCGAGCACUACACCGUCGCCCUGCCGCUGUUCACCCUGCCCUCGCGCACCCAGACCUCCGAGCGGCCCGGCGACCUCCUGCAGCACAGCGACCGCGUGCUGUACCUGAACCUGGAGCAGGACACCGUCGUGCUGCUUGGGGACUUGGCCUACGAGCGCCUGACCGCGCUGCUCGCGUGGUUUCGCCGGAUGGAUAAGCCGGUUCGCGGUCGCGGCGGGGGGAUUGGCCUCCGGAGACUGGGGAUCAGCGUGGCGCUCUGGACGCACGAGGGCGGCGCUUUAACGCUGAGUGCCUUCUCGCGCACCGUCCUGGCCGAGAUCGAGAGGUUCACCCUGUUCAUGUUCUCGGAGCGGCAGCCGCCAGAGGGGUGGACGGGUGGGCUCUGUGUGCUCGAGGAGGCCGCUGCCGAUACCGACUACUACCGGCGCUUCGUCAUCGGGAGGGGGAGGCAGUUUCGCGUGGGGAAUGGCUGGAUGGUCGUCGGGAAACAGCCCAUGAAGCUGGCCGAGAUUAUUUUCGCAGAAGGGUGGUGA